GCAAUGGAUAGCACAUCAGCACAUAUAGCUCCUCCCCAGUAUCCUUUGGUUCUGUUUUGAUGGAUGGUGAUAAGUCAUCAGCACAUACUCGGUGACUUUUCUACACACAGACAAUUUCCAUAUCAUUCAGUCUCAUAUUCAAGGUGUUUGAGCUCACGGCGGUAAAGGCUUCUUGUGCACUUCUCAAGUCAGGGCUACACCAACCCCGAGCAAUUCUCUCCUAAACCUGCACUCAUUAUGAGAAGGACUGUAUACAUAAUGGUCCCCUUAAAUGGACUAUUCGCAGGAUUUGUUGAGGGGAAUCAAGACUGCAGUUCAUGUUACCAGUUUGACAAUGGAGUGGCUAUUGGGAUCAUCACCUGUGACAUCAUCCUCACACUCCUCAUCGCUCUCUCAGUCUACUGUUUCGUUUCCCAUCAGAAAAGAAAAGGCAGUUUACACACACAUGCCAGAUGCUGUGGGUCAGGUAAAGCAAAAACUCAGCAGCCAUCAAUGAGGCCAAAGACGAUUGAAGUGGAAUCACCUUAUCAGGAACUUUAUGGAGUCCAAUCAGAUAUAUACAGUGAUCUUCAGCAGUAUCGGAAAUGAGGAUGCUAUGUGACAUGAAAUGUUAGUCGUGGAUCUUGUGCAAACCUGAGAAUAUUUGUAGUUUGCAUACAUUUUUAAACUGUCACAAAUGUGUAUUUGGCAUAAAUAAGCUACAAUAAUUGAUUUUUACUGAUUUUAAUUUUUUUUUUAAUCCAUGUGAUUGGUCAUGUGGCAUAUAUACAAACCAUACAUAUAAAUAUAUUUUCAUAAUUUGUGAAAAGGGAAUGAUCUUCAAGAACUUAAAAAAAAUAAUCUUUGUAUUUUUUUUUAAAUUCAAAACCUUUGUAAUAGAACUAGAUCUGAAUAUAAUUCCCUUGCUCUUUAUGUAGAAAUAAAUGUUUUGUUUUAAAUGUGUGGCCUUUGAUCAUUUAUUUGUCUACUUUUAUAGACAGCAUAGAAAGGUAGAUUAAGCCACACUCAAACAUCCACUGUUGUUUUUUUUUUUUUUUUCUUCUUCUUUCCUCAAGUGGCUAGGAAGUGGACCUGUUUAGAAUUCACAUGACAGCAGUGAAUCAGUUGACAAAACGGAAAGGGUCUAUGCAACGGUUUGCAGUAAGAC